UCAAAGGCCUGAUGAGAUACCUCACGUUGAGCUUUGGUAAAAGUAGUUAAAGAAAGCGCUGAAAGAAACACGUUCAUCACAGACAGAGGAGCGUUUCUUACACGGAUGUUCAGGAUGUGAUUAUUCCACUCCUACAUUCUGCCUGGAGAUACAAUUGAACAUUCAGUAGCAUGCAAGCCAAUUCACAACAUUCAGGACAACUGCAAAAUUUGCACGGAAAAGGAGCUGCACCUAGAGACGGGAUGGGCCAAAACUUUUACCAGCUAUGUUUACCACCUCACACUGCAAGUCCCUCAUAUCCUGGACAAAGUGCCACUGGAAAUUACUUCACCUGCACAAUCCAACCGGCAACCAGUGACCAGAUUUUGACUAGUAGUGUUCAAGCUACCAAUGACAAAAAUCUUGCGCAAGAAAAUAUGCUUAAUUCAAAACAUGCAUUGCCAACAGGAAAACAGGACUCCCAAAUGAUUCUGUGGAACAUGCCCUCUAAUUGCCAGAUAUUCCUACCUAUUAGCAACAUAAAUCUACAAGGUGCUCCCAACAGUAAUGGGCCAAACAUGUCACAUUGUGCCUUCAACUCAACUAACAGUUUAUACAUGCAACAGCAAACUACCUCCUCAGCAGUUGGCCCACAUAAUUCACAACAGUUUAAAACAGUGGACACUACAAGUCUUAACGAAGCUAUUAGAAAUGUGAACACUAGCAACUUGUAUAGCAGGCAGCAACAUGCAAAUGCUCCUACUAAUUUGCCAAAAGACUCCUCAGAAACAAGGCCGAGCUUGCCAUCUGAUCUAAAAUAUUAUCCCCUAACAGAAAACGCACGUCAUGGUCAAAGUAGUUUGAUUGGUGGGUACCCUUACCAGUUGUUGAUUGCUGAGAUGUCAAAUGCUAAUGUAAAAACGCUUUCUACAUGUGUGCAGAACCUGCAACCGAAUAAUGCUGCUCAGAGAGCUGUUGCCGUUGUCACGCCAUUGUCUCCUAUAGGAACAGCACCUGUUAAUGUUUCAGACAAAUCUGUUAAUAUUAAAAUGAAUGAAACGCCUGUGCAAGAGACUGUACACCAUCAACCAAAUAUUCCACAUCCUCUGGUGGCCAACGCUAAUCUGAAGAACCAAACGAGAGAACCAAACAAUCCAACAAGCAAGCAUCAACGACCAAAGUCAGCAGAGCCAAGGCUGAAUGAUGGACUUUGCAAUGUAGUUGGAGCCAAAAGUCCAGUUUUGGCUGAUGAAUCAACUGGCCAAAGUUGCUGCGCAAGUUCGCCGAAGCUGAAAAGUGUGGUUGCAGAACAAAAGAAGUCUGUUCAAACUCAAAUGCAAAAUGAACUGGCUGAAAAGACAAAUAAAAACUGCACCAUCACAGACAAGAAAACUGUUGAACCGGACACUGUUCAUUUUAUUGAAUGGCCAUUAGAUCGAUUGCAGGCCUUAAUGACCGUGAUUCAGCAAAUGGAAGAUGGGGAUCAGAAGAACAUCCACGAAAUUGAUCCUUGGAGGGACAUCUUAAAGAUUUACUGGAACGAGGAUUUUGACAAAUUUUGUGAAGCUGUACAAAGUGGCAUAUAUCAAAGCAUAAUGAAAGAAGUUUUUGUUUACUGUCCGAUGAAAGAGCCUGUGAUACUGAGGCAAAUUGUAAAUGAUGCACGUAGCAAAGUCAUCGAGAAUUUUCACGCUUUAAAACAAAACGAAGAGCCACCGAAGAUGACGUACAAGUCGUCUUGGCUGAAUCUUAAUGAAAACGUUGAUGACAUCGACAAGGAAUGUGGUCACUCUUGGUUUUAUAAGUCUUUUCAAAAUGUCUCUGAACACGAAGCACAAAACUUGGCAUGUGAAACACCAAGCGAAUUGCAAGAAGCCACUGAAAAACCAUCAUCGAUUAGGUGCAAACAAUUACCUUCAGAGGUGGAGAACAAAGUACCAGCAGACAAACCAACAUCAAACAAUGAGAGUCUAUAUGAAAACGUGCCCGUUUCAUUUAAUGGACAAUCUGCGUCUGUGACUGACAUCAACUGCUCACCAAAGCAUAAUUGUCAGGUUACAGAAGUAACCAACAGUCAACCAAUUAUUACAAAUUCUCUGGAGGCCAUGAUUACUGUUGUGAAGGAUUUGGAUAAACAAGGUGUCCCGACUGGAACGUCCAAUUUGGAUGACCAAUUUUGUAAUGAUGUUGGAGCCAAAAGUGUUGUGUCGCCCAAAUCAACUGGCCAAAGUGACUGUACAAACUCGCCAAAGCCCAUUCAUGUGGUUACAAAAGAACAGGUGAUGGUGUUAUCUUCUCAAAUGCAAGUUGGAUUCAGUGAAAAAAUGCAUAACAAUGGCUGUGCUGUCCUCAAUAAGAAUGUGAGAUGUGAGACCUUGCCAAAACAGAGUCAAGAACUUCGUAUGCACAUGAAUGAAGAGGAGACAGAAAAUAUGUAUGCUUCAGCCACUAAGUUGAUAGAAUAUAAAGUCAUUGCUGCAUUACUAGACAAGCACAAGGCAUCUUUGUUGAACACACCCCAAGAACUUGACACAAUAUCAACAGAAGAACGAACAAGCAGGCAGAGGCUAGAGGAGAAGACCAAAUAUCCAGCAUCUACAUUUCUAAGGACAUUGCUAUCAGCUCCUUAUAAGCCAUCUUUAGCUAAAUGUAAACAGGGUGCAACGGAAAUUACAGACAAAGUACAACAAGAAGAACACAUGUCCUCGGAGAAAAGUAGGUACGAUGAGAGAUGUGAAAAAUCUCCUGUUCUCUCGAAUGCUCUAUCUCCACCAGUGAUUGAUAAUUUCUCUCCAAAGCUUAAUGAACAACAAACCAGUUGUCAACCAAAUACUGUUAAUCUGCUGAAGGGCAUGACAAAUCUGGUGAGGACAUUGGAAAAACGAGAUGUUUCAUUAAAGCAUCAAAACUUCAUUGAAAAACAUGGUGGUUUAAAAAGAAAGUAUAAACGGUUAUCUAGAACAUCAAAACUGGACAAAAGUUUUUGUAAUCGUGUUGGAGCCAAAAGUCCCAUAUUGAUUGAUGAAUCAUCCAGCCAAAGUGACUGCUCAAGUCCACUGACACGUAGUCCUGUGGUUGAAAAUUGGGAGUUUGUUCCAUUAACUCAAGCGCAAAAUGAAUCCAGCGAAAUGAUGCCUAACAGUGACUUUGAUAAGGCCGUGAGAUAUGAGACUGAUCCAAAAUCUUGUCAAGAACUUUCUGUACAAACGAAUGAAGAGAAGAUUGUUGAGAUGGAUGCUUCAUCUUCUGUUAAGCUUAUUGUUCUCACUCAGGAAGUGGCUAAACGGUACUUUGCUGAAAAUAAAGACAUUGCUGCAUCACCAGAGACUGCAACAUUAAGGCUGGAUGACCCUGUUUGCAAUCAAGCCAAAAGUCCAGCAUUGGCUGAUGGAUCAACCAGCCAAAUUUACUAUGCAAGUCCGACAAAACUUUAUCCUGUACUCACAGGACCAUCUCAAAUGCAAAAUGAAUCUGAUGAAGAAAUGCCUGAAAUUGUCUGUGUACUCUCAGGUGAGUCUGUGAGAUGUGAGACUGAUCCAAAACCCAGUCAAGAACUCCCUGUGCAAAUGAAUGAAGAGGAGGUUGUUGAGAUGGAUGCUUCAACAUCUAUUAGGAUUGAUGUUCUCUCUCACAAAGUUGCUAUGCAAUGCUUUGCUGGUCCGUUAAUGCAAGAUGAAGACACUGCCACACCACCAGUGGUUGUGAAACAAACCUAUUGCCAAUCAAAUAUAGUACAUCCACUGAACACAAUGACACAUCUGGUUACGGCAGUGGGAAAACAUCAACACCAAACUGGAAAAUCUGACCUUUUGAAAAACAAGCAUCAAACCUCAACUGCAACAUCAAGGCUUAAUGAGCAUUUUUGUAAUGGAGACAAUCAGUCUGGAUCAGUCAGCCCAAUUGGCUAUGCAAGUCCACCGACACUUCAUCAUGUGCUUGCAGAACCAUCUCAAGUGCAAUCAGAUGAAGAAAUACCUGAAAUUGACUGUGUACUCACAGAUAAGAAUGUGAGAUGCGACACUGAUCCAAAACAUAGUCAAGAACUUCCUGUGCAAAUGAAUGAAGAGGUGAUUGUCAAGUUGGACACUUCAGCUUGUAUGAAGAUUAAUGUUCUCCCUCAUGAAGUGGCUAAGCGAUGCUUUGCUGGUCAAAUAAUGGAAAAUAAAGACAUUGCUGCACCACCAGAGACAAUACACAAGGCCUGCUUGUUGAAUUCACCCCAUGACACAGUAUCAACAAAAGAACGGAUAAACAUGGGGAGGUUGGAAGAAACUGAUGGAGCUGAAAGUCCAGGGUUGACUGAUGGAUCAACGAGCCAAAGUAUCAGUGAAAGUCCACCGAAACUUUGUCCUGUGAUCGCAGAACCAUCUCAAAUACAAAUCAAGUCCAAUGAAGAAAUGCCUGAAAUUGACUGUAUGCUCACAGAUGAGAGAGUGAGAUGCGAGACUGAUCCAAAACCUAGUCAAGAACGUCCUGUGAACAUGAACGAAGAGGAGACUGCGAAGAUUGACCGUUUAAACUCUAUUAAGGUCAAUGUUCUCCCACAUGAAAUGGCUGAGCUAUGGUUUGCCGGUGAGAUGGAAGAUAAGGACUUGCAGAAAGAUAUUGCACUUCAUAUUGCCACUGAAGACGAGGUGAAAGUUCAAGUCCCGGAACUCAAGUCUGAAAGAGAAGUGCUCCUAAAAGUGAAGCCAAAAGAGUUGAAAUAUAAAAGUUCUGGUGGUGAAAAGGUGGAGUCUUACUGUUGUCUUGCUAAAUGGUUUCAAACUUUAGAAUAUGGAAAUGGCUCCGUGUGCAUGUGCCAGAUAAAAGCUGAAUUGAGAGAAAAGGAGAUUAAAACGGAGCCCUACAGCACAAGUUUAGAGGUGCAGACUAAAAAAGACAGUCCAGGUGAAUGUGAACGGGUGGAAAUGGAUAAUGCUGCUCUUGAAAGAACAGAUGAUUCUGAAAUCACAGACGAUUCGGAGGACGAAAACCCAUUACUGCACAAUCCUUCUACGGACAAGGCAAAGAUUGCGAAGGACAUUUCAAGUUCCAAAGAGGUCUGUAAGGUAGAGACUGAAACUUCAGAGCAGAAAAGAAAUGAAUCGCCCACAGAAUGUGCAGCAAACGUGACUCUUAUGAAUGAGAUUAAGCAAGACACCCCGGCUCCUAAUUUGAAGAGGAAGACUAAUACAGUAUGUCUUUCACUGUAUGGGUCGUCUUCUGAAAAAAGAAACAAACUAAAGCGUACUAAAAGAUACAAAGAGAAAGUAAGUUGUGAAGAACCCCCAAAAACUGUUCAAGUAAUUAUAAGCUCUCACCAGGAGAUUAAAGACGAGAGCGAGUCAAAGAAGCGCAGAUGUGUGGAAACACAAGAUGAAGAUGCUAUGGAUAGGCAAGAGAGAAUACGAAGAGCAAUCUUGCAAAACAUGGCUCAGCAUAAAAUCUUCCCCUUGCGUCCCAUUUUUGGACUCUGCAAAAAUGGACUUUCAUCUACUUCAGUCAGAAAACUUUUCAGUCCAAAUGCUGUUGUGAAGAGUGACGCCCAUUUGACUGAAGGAAAUAUGCAAAAGAGACAAUGUAAGAAUGCAACACAAAUGUCUAUGAAUAAAUAUAUAAUCAGAGGGAAGACUGUGCCAUCCAAAUUAUUUCAUUCACCCGAGAAUGUGAGGAAAAGUAAAUAUGAGUUGGGGAACCCUGUUUUGAUGCCAUUGGAUGAGGGUCCUGCUUUGGAAUUCAAAGUAUUGCCAGAGUCUUUUAACUUUGAAGAUGGAGCUGAACUUAAUUGCGCUCAAGGCGACGCGUCACAGAGUACGCAAAAUGGGAUGUCAGGCCCAGAAGAAAAAGCUAAAAGGAUGAAAACUAGCCAUGUGCCAACCCAAGGUGUUUGGAGUUUCAGCCCCUUGAAGAAAAAGCACACUAAAUUCAUCCAGUCCACCAAUGUCUCAGGUUUAUGUAGCGUUUUCCAAGAGUUCAAGUAUAAAUAUCAAGAAAGAAAGAAGGACAUUGCCUCCAAGCAGAGCUUGAAUUCCAGUGAAAGAGCUUGAUUUUUCUAUUAAAAUAAAAGCAAAUGGGCUUAUUUUUGUCAUGCGUUUAAUUCCUGUGAAUGAUAAAGCUCAACAGAUGCAAAUUCCAAGUGUACAAAUACAUUUUUACUGUUUACUUGAACUUGAUUAUUUGUAUUAUAGUAUAAAUGCAUCUUUUGCACACUGGUCAUCCAGUUCAACAGCUGCUAUUAACCAAGUCCUCCAGUAUAUGUGUACAAGUUUUAUACUUUACAUUUUCAAGAAACAUGUUUGUCAUUAUUCUGUAUAUUGUGGUACUAUUAUUUGGAUUCCACUGGUUUGUAAAAAUUUGACCUUUGACCUUGUUAAAAAAGACCUUUUAAUAAAAAAAAAUU